UUGCUGUGCCAUGCUGCUCCUGAAGCCCAUGCCUGUCUUCGAUCACCACAUCAGCCUUCGGCUCCAGACUAUUUUGACACAUCUCAGAAUUCAUCACGCAUGAGAGAGGCCAGCCUGGAUGAGGACAUCCCAAUUUCACACAGGCAGUUUGUGGAGAACCAGGGAUACGCGUUUGAUGAAAAUGCUGCAGGGUUGAGAAGUGGUAACCAUCAUAAUGGCAACACAGGGGCCAGACCCAGUGCACCCUUCAGAAGUAACGUCUACCAACCGACUGAGAUGACCAUGAUACUAAAUGGAGGAGCAGUUCCAUCCGCACCUCCCACAUACACAGGAAGACAGCUUUGGUAAAGGAGGAGAAGGGCGAAUGGAAAAGUGGUGUAAAAUCUCUGAAGUGAAUGCGGACUUACAGUUAGGAACAACAUUAAAAGCCGCCAGUGCUCCAGUGAGACUGAAAUACAGGUCUCUGAUGGUGGUGUGUGUGUGAGUAAUUUGACAAGCGUGAUAGAAGGAUGUUAACACUGGACAACUCUUUUCACCAUCAAUAGCUGUAGCGAUUUUGAGUUAGUGUACUGGUAAAAAAUAUUGAUGCGGUAUCACAGAUUUCUCCAUUAAAACAGCUUUUCACUCCCACAGUAUUUUAAUUUUAUCAUUGUUCUUGCUCUGGCUUCAGAUUCACCCUGAAGCCAUAUCGUAUGUUACAUGAAGAAGUUACUGUAUUGCAGUUGUGAUUGUGCUGUAAAACUUGGACGUUUUAUCAUUCUGUGAUAACUGGAUACAGUACUUCGGUUUCUCUGGUCAGAGUUUUUUUUAUUUCGUGAGUUGUCUGUGUAGGAAUGACUGGCGUGCAACUGUAGCGCCAAUCCCCAUGCACCAUGCCGAGACAAAUCA